GUAUGAUGGAUCAACACACAUAUAUUGGAGAUUGGAGUGAAAAUAAGUUGAGUGGCUAUAGAGUGUAUACAUGGCCUGAUGGGAGGGUAAUGAGAGUAAUGUAAUUUAGAGAUGCGAAGGGCAAUGGAAUAAUAGUUAGAUGAGUGAAGAGGGAUCUAUUUUUGGAUUGAUGGAAGAAAUAUGAGGGACAGUUAAUAAAUGAUAAUUAUA